AUGACAACUGUAGAUUCUGCGACAACAAUUGCAGGUCCCUCGACCACGACAAUUGCAACUACAGAACCUACUAGGACAACCACUGCAGCUUCUAAUACAACAACUGCUGUUCCUACGUCCACUACUACUGCAGCACCUACUACAACAACUACAACUUCAGCUCCUACGACAACCACAACCAAAGCACCUUCUACGACACCUGCAGAUCCUACGACAACAACUGCACCUCCUACUACAACCACAGCUCCUACGACAACAGAAGCUCUUACGACAGCUGCAGCUCCUACGACAUCUACUGUAGGUCCUACGGCCGCUACAACUGAAGCUCCUACAACAACUACAAUCGCAGCUUUUACUACAAUAACUUCAGCUCCUACUACAACAACUGUAGCUCCUACAGCCAUUACAACUUUAGCAUCUACUACGACAGGGACAACUUCAACUCCUACGACAACAACUGUUGGUCCAAGGACCGCUACAACUGCAGCACCUACCACGACAACUACAACUGCAACUCUUACGACAACAGAAGCUCUUACGACAGCUGCAGCUCCUACGACAUCUACUGUAGGACCUACGACUGCUACAACUGGAGCUCCUACAACAACUACAAUCGCAGCUUCUACUACAAUAACUUUACCUCCUACUACAACAACUGUAGCUCCUACAGCCACUACAUCUUUAGCAUCUACUACGACAGCGACAACUUCAGCUCCUACGACAACAAUUGCAGGUCCCUCGACCACGACCACUGCAACUGCAGAACCUACUACGACAACCACUGCAGCUUCUACCACAACAACUGCUGUUCCUACGUCCACUAUUACUGCAGCACCUACUACGACAACUACAACUGCAGCUCCAACGACAACUGCAACUGCAGCACUAACUAUAUCAACUGCAGUUCCUACAACAAACAGCUGCAGCUCCUAUGACAUCUACUGUAGGUCCUACGACCGCUACAACUGGAGCUCCUACAACAACGCCAAUCGCAGCUUCCACUACAAUAACUUUAGCUCCUACUACAACAACUGUAGCUCCUACAGCCACUACAACUUUAGCAUCUACUACGACAGCGACAACUUCAUCUCCUACGACAACAACUGUCCUACGACAACAGAAGCACUUUUGACAGCUGCAGCUCAUACGACAUCUACUGUAGGUCCUACGACUGCUACAACUGGAGCUCCUACAACAACUACAAUCGCAGCUUCUACUACAAUAUCUUUAGCUCCUACUACAACAACUGUAGCUCCUACAGCCACUACAUCUUUAGCAUCUACUACGACAACCACUGCAGCCUCUACCACAACAACUGCUGUUCCUACAUCCACUACUACUGCAGCACCUACUAGGACAACUACAACUGCUCCUACGACCGCUACAAUUGGUUCUCCUACAACAACUACAAUCGCAGCUUCUACUACAAUAACUUUAGCUCCUACUACAACAACUGUAGCUCCUACAUCCACUACAACUAUAGCAUCUACUACGACAGCAACAAUUUCAGCUCCUACGACAACAACUGUUGGUCCUACGACCGCUACAACUGCAGCACCUACCACGACAACUACAACUGCAGCUCCAACGACAACCGAAACUGCAGCACUAACUAUAACAACUGCAGUUCCUACAACAAGUGCGGCUUCUAUGACAACUGUAGAUUCUGCGACAACAAUUGUAGGUACCUCGACCACGACAAUUGCAACUACAGAACCUACGAGGACAACCACUGCAGCUUCUACUACAACAACUGCUGUUCCUACCUCCUACGACAACCACAACCACAGCACCUUCUACGACACCUGCAGUUCCUACAACAACUGCACCUCCUACUACAACUGCAGCUCCUACGACAACAGAAUCUCUGACUACAGAUACAGCUCCUACUACAUCUACUGUAGGUCCUACGACCGCUACAACUGGAGCUCCUAA